AAACAAACUUUACAAAACACAAGGCCGCUCUGCACACUGCACCAUUUGUGUAGUCGACCGUGCAUGGGCGCCGGCGUAGCACUAGCCUAAUCACCUACAGACGCCAUGAGACGAUUAAGUACCGCCAAAAAUCAUUGAAAAUUAACCGUGCAUAAAAUACGCCUGGAUUGUGGAUUGUGAGGCAAAUUGGUUAGGCUCGAAAUACGAUCCUCGCAAUCGAGUAGUUUUUGGGGUCGGGAGUGAAGAUUGUCUUUGCAAGAUUGACGUUGACUGCGCCAUGUCUUCAGCGCAAGACGGCUUGGACACCACCCUGGUUGCUUGGGACUACGUGGCCAUCGCUACGUACUUCGUCUUGGUGCUGUGUGUCGGAUUGUUCUCGUUAUGUCGCUCCAACCGUGGAACAGUCAGUGGUUAUUUCUUGGCCGGACGAUACAUGAUUUGGUUGCCGGUUGGUGCGUCUCUGUUUGCGAGUAACAUUGGCAGCGAGCACUUCAUUGGUCUUGCUGGCUCAGGAGCUGCUGCUGGUAUCGGAGUUGGUGCUUUUGAACUGAACGCAUGUCUGCUCAUUCAGCUGCUGGGAUGGGUGUUUCUGCCGGUUUUCAUUGCCAGUGGGGUUUACACCUUACCGGAGUAUAUGCGGAAACGUUAUGGUGGGCAGAGGAUUCGUGUCUACCUCGCUAUGCUGUCGCUCGUCCUAUACAUCUUCACCAAGAUCUCGGUCAACCUGUUUUCCGGAGCCUUAUUCCUCCAGCAAGCUCUAAACUGGAACAUCUACCUAGCCGUUGGCCUGCUGCUUGCCCUGACGGCAAUCUGUACCGUCACCGGCGGGCUGGCUGCAGUCAUCUACACCGACACGCUGCAGUUCUUUAUCAUGCUGAUCGGGGCCUUCAUGUUGAUGAUCAUGAGUUUUGUCAAGAUCGGCGGUUACGGAGCUCUCAAGGAGCAAUACAUGCAAGCCAUCCCCAACGAGACGCUGUACUCCAACACGUCGUGUGGCAUCCCACGCGAAGACUCUUGGCAGAUGCUGCGAGAUCCGAUUAACUCGGACAUGCCUUGGCCCGGAUUCCUAUUUGGGCAAACAGCGGCGUCCAUUUGGUACUGGUGUGCUGACCAGAUGAUGGUUCAGAGAGCGUUGUCAGCUAAGAGUCUGUCCCAUGCUCAAGGCGGAUGUCUCUUGGCUGGAUACAUCAAGUUUCUGCCGCUCUUCCUCAUGGUUCUGCCUGGAAUGAUCAGCCGUGUGCUCUUCACCGAUGAAGUCGCGUGUGCAUCCGAGGAGACUUGCAUGGCCGUCUGUGGCAGCACAACUGGAUGCACCAACAUCGCUUACCCCAAACUGGUCCUUGGAGUCUUACCAGUAGGUCUUCGCGGCGUCAUGUUAGCAGUCAUGUUAGCCGCUCUGAUGAGCGACCUAACCUCUAUCUUUAACAGCACCAGCACCCUCUUCACCAUCGACAUCUGGAAAUAUUUCCGAGCCAAGUUCAGCAAGAAAGUGCCCAGUGUGAGAGAGCUCAUGAUCGUUGGAAGGCUAGUGGUGGUGGUCAUGAUCGGCAUCAGCAUCUUGUGGAUCCCAGUCAUUCAGCAGAUGCAAGGAGGCCAACUCUUCAUCUAUAUCCAGGAGAUUUCUUCCUUCUUAGCCCCGCCCAUAGCUGCCGUGUACCUGAUAGCGCUGCUGUGGCCCCGCGGCAAUGAGAAGGGUUGUUUCUGGGGCCUUGUUGUCGGCUUGGUCGUCGGAGUGAUCCGCAUGAUCCUGGAUUUCACCUACCGAGCUCCGCCCUGCUGGGGCGUGGACAACAGGCCGGCCAUUACGGCCAAAGUGCACUACAUGUACUUUGCCAUGAUACUGUUCUGGAUCACGGUCAUUGUGGACGUGGUGGUCAGUCUGCUUACAAAGGCCCCUGAAAAAGAUAUGUUGAUCCGUACAACUUGGUGGUCCCGCUUCAACAAAGAGAAACGUUUCGAUGACUUUGAGGAUGAUAAAGAAGAAAUUGAACUGGACGAUGACGUGCGAGUGAUCACCCAGGAAGGACAACCAGAGGCACACAAGUCGGUGGUGCGUCGCGGCUACGAUUGGUUUUGCGGCUAUGAUGACACGUUCGCAGGUAAGGCCAAGGCUCGUCAGCACCAGGUUCAUCUCAAGGAGGUCUCGGCCCUCAAGCAGGACCCUCGAGCCAAGAUCUUCCUCAACAUCAACUUGGUUCUGAUCCUUCUAGUCGCCUCGACGCUCUACAUAAUCUUCAGCAUCCCUGGGUUACUGUAGCAAGACUAGUGAAGGUAAUGGACGCUACUUGCAAACAUUCAAAAACAUGAAACUUUUUGAAAAUAUCUCGAAAUAUCCUACUUAGUCCUAAGUAAAUAAUAAGAUCAAGCAGGCUGUGAAAUCGUUGCAGGUGGUGUGCUAUCAUUUUUGAGCAAAGAGAAGUUAUCGACAUUUCCUUGCGACAGUGAGGACCAAACCAUCAGGCUUUUAACAGUGACCUGUGCUUUGCGUCGAGAAAAAUAAAGAUGCAUUUUCACAGCUAGGCAAAAAAAAAAAAA